UUUUUGAUGUUCCUGCUCCUAUCCUCAAUUGCAAACACCGGAUUUAACCACCGCAACACUGUGCCAUCUUAAAAUACAAGUCCUUAGGUCUCAACUUUUACAAAGCACAUUGUGCCAGUAUCACUAAAGCACCUGUUACAAAAUGGUCAUCAAUCCCCGCUUAGUAACCCUUGAGAAUUUUGCAUCAGUCAGAAUGCAUACUAUGAUGAAGGGAGAGCUUUCGCCCAUGGACAGGCCAUCUUGGACACUGCUUUCAAUGCUUGGAACUCCGGACCACACGUUCCUUCUUAGUGGUACAUGAAGCCACCCGAGAAAAGGCACGUCGGCAGUCCGUUUACCCGGCCCCCAAAACUUGCACACAGUUAUACGGCUACUAUCCAGUUGCCAAUAGGAUGGGGUUUGCCUUGAGAGCCAUUGAUCCUCUAUAUUCAGGGUGGUUAAAGGAUUUUGUUGUCCUCGAGGCGCUUGAAGGGUAGCAUGCAUAAAAGCACGAGAUCCUUUAGUCGAGCGUCGAAGACAGACAGCGUAAACUAAUCACCACGCAUCAAAUAACUAUUCCGUCUUCUUUUUCAAGAAUCGUAUCAUCGCCUCAGACCCAAGACUCGCCAGACGGACCUAGGUGGUAUAUGACUCGUUGAUAGGUGUAUAAAACUCAUGGUGUGGCAUAGUCGGUUUGCCAGUUGGCAUAGCAUUCAAGCAAUGAUUGUCCGCCGACCGACCCACACCCCGUGGAGCUCACACCAGUCAACCAGGUGGUCGAACCCAGCCACAUCGCCUCGAAUGUUGGCCCGAAGGUCGUUGAAUCUGCCUUGCCGCCGUCUCAUCCCUCUUCUCAUGCCAUCCUGCAAAACACAACUCUGCCGAACCUCGCUGACCACCGAGUACGAAAAAAUGGCCGUUUCGGCGCUGGAGUGUGGCUGGUGCUUGUUCAGCCGUGGGUGUUCGAGCCGGGAAGGCAAAGCGAAAGGACCAGGCAUCCCUGAGCGACACCGCCAGCAGAAGAAGAAUGUGAAACUUCGCAUUAAUCAUAGUGCUGCAGAUCAAUGAAACAUCUUCU